ACACUAACAACUGUAACAAAGUGCACUCAAUCCUCCUGCUUCUGAACGGGGAGAGUUUGGUGGAAAACCCGCACCGCCGCGCAUCCAUUUCUCUCUACACUACAAACUUUUUAAAGGACAUUUCGGCCCUGCUCCAAACCCUGCGAGUCCAUCCAUCAGGAGGAAUAUUAUGCGUCCAAAAGCUGCUGCUUCUUCUUCACACUGGGCUCAGUCUGCUUGAGUGUCCAAGGACAUGAAACUCAAUCCUCAGCAAGCUCCACUCUAUGGGCGGUGUGUUAUCACGGUGCAGCUCGCUGAUGAAGAGCUUGCUGCGGAUGAGGAGGGUGUGGACUACUUCCUGCUCUUUGCUGGAAGCACACAGAGGCACCUGACCAGCACCCUAAGGAGCAGUCAUGACACCUUGCAGGCACUAUGUCCUGCUCACGACUGUUGCGAGGUGGUCUUGGUCACCUUGUGCUCAGCCAGCAGGGGCCCCCGUGAGUCGCCCGAGGACCUGAAGCCCUGUCUGGGUCGUGUGGCUCCAUUGGCGGAGCAUAGAUUCAGCUUUGUGCAGGAUUUGGCUUUUGACAUGGCCCAGUUCCUGGUGAGUACGGCGGGCCGGGCUGACGGCCUCGAUGGGGUGCUGCUGCUGGAUGAGUGUCAGAUUCCCCUGCAGGAGUGUGAACGUCUGGAUGAGAGCCUGGCGCUGGCCCUCCACCAUCUCAUGCUGCCUCCAGGAUGGAGCUUACUGGGGAACAAACUAACCAACAGCACUGACCUGAAUCCUCAGGAGACUCUGCUGCAUUUCUCAGCAGGUCGAGGUCUUUUUCUGGUCACGCGCUUCUUGCUGCAGCAGCCUGGAGCCAAAGAAGCCCUACGAUUGACCAACAGACAAGGCCACACCCCCUCCGCCAUCGCAGCCCAGCGAGGACACGAACGCCUCCAAGAGCUCCUCACACAGGCUGAGACGGACAAAGGGACCGAGACUGUCCAGCUGGUGCCUACGGGCGCACGGGUAGCCUGCCACCUCCCCAGGCUGAACACACACACUCUGACACUGAGCAUCCACCCCGGCCACGACCCUCCAACCCUUCAGAGAAACGUGGAGCAGCUGCUGCACUUGAUAUGCCAUCUCCACGCCAAGGGAGUUUCUGUACUGGAGCUGCAGUUUGAUUCUCUGCACACGGCUACCGAAUGUUGUGAUGGUGUAGAAACAGAGAUUACCUGUCUGGAGCGACUACAGCUGUCUGCUACAGCAUCAGAGCGCCUGGAUUCAACAACAGGAGGGAGCUGGGUGGAAAACUGCUCAGUGGAAAUCCACAAUAGUGUUGAUUGUGGACAUGGUGAGACUGGGAACGCAGAGAGAGACUGGAGUUUGUCUGUAAGUACUCCAGCCUCAGAAAUACUCCCCCAGGAACAUGUCCACGGCCCCCCAGCGGACCGGGUGUGUCUCAGUUCAAACACUGGGAGAGAUUAUUGUCAAACAGAGCAGGAGGGAAGGGAGCAGCCUGUUGUUUCCACUCAGAGUUUGCGUGACAGGAGUGAAGGAGCACAGAGUGGGGCAGAAGGGGAGAGCGCCACUGUGGGAAUCUUACCACCAGCAGGCUGUGAUAAACAGGCAGAGGAAACUGAUAGAGGAGAGGCUGUGAUCGAGGAAGGACAGGAGGCCACAGAGGGAAAGGACAGAUCAGAGCAGGAAGCAGAGGACAGCACAGCUAGAAGGAGGGAGGAGGAGACCAACUCAGAGUCAACAGAUCUCACAACGCCCAGUGGAGACACAAAAGCUUCGGUCAUGGGCCAGUCCCCGUCAUCAGAGGGUUGUGACACCUCCGAUUCUGAAGCGAAGGAGUGCUGUCAGGAAGAAGGGACCAGUGUAACUCUGUGCGACGGACUCUCUCUAGAGGAGGAGAAGGCAGAGGGUGAAGGGUUAACAGACCCUCUAUUACUCCCAGGGGACCUCCCCAGCCCAUCACUGAUAGACAGCGGUGAUGUAAUCAAGGAGCCUGAAUCUGCUGUUCCACGUCUCUUGAUAGAAGGCCUCCACGAGGGGGAACCUCAGCCAGACAUAAACAGCCUGGAACAAAACCAGGAAACAGCUGGUAGGGAUUACGCUACAGAGCAGCAGCAGCAGGGCUUGGCUCCAGAAACGGCUUGUCAUUCUGGGAACUGUACUGGAACAGCAAGCGUUAAAGGGCUAGGUGGUGAAGACGGAGCUGAACCUUCUGGAUACAGUGUUGAGAGUUUGCCGAUGGACGAACCUGACAAUCCGACUGACGGUCACUUCAUAGAAUCAGAUCCAUCACCGGAACCAUCACCGUGCCGCAGAAAAAGACACGCUGAUCACGAUUCAGGGAUGACCCACGGCCUCUCCAGCGAUGACGAUGGCAGUUUCCAAUCAGUCGGAAGCUCCACGACUGAUAUAUUCCACCCCUCUCAGGAUAAUGCUAGCGUGGAGGAUCAGGACUUGCUUCAAACCGAGACAGGAUAUCAGGAUUCAAAACCUGGUGAAAGCGAUGAACCAACCAAGGAGGCAGGGCUCCCCUCGGAGCCAGGCGCUGUCAGCGUAGCAGCAGUGACGGACUGCAGCCAGGUUGGCACUGAGCCCGAAUCACAACUGUCACCAAGCCUAGAGACAAUGGAGGCUUUGAAUUCUGAGGGGACAGGAGAGGAACUCGCCCCAGAAAUUUCCAAAGAGGAUCUGUCGUUAUGUCCAGAAAGCGGGGACGCUCCAAUGAUAGAGGGUGACGAAGGUGAAACUGGAGAGGCUGGUGACUCUGCAGGGAUUGGGCAUUCUGCAUCAAAGGUCACCAGUUCAUCUGUCGCAGAAAGUGAAGCAAUUGUUCCGCUUGAAGGAGAGACCAGUGAUGUAUCUGCAGAGGCCUCGGCUGAAAAGAGUGGAGAUGUGCAAUCGGUGCAGGAUCAUUCUGAGAUGACAGCAGACGAGAAUUCACCUGAUGAGGGAUUAAGGCACCCAGAGGAUCAGAUCAAUGCAUCUUCAUCACAGGGUGUAGAUGCACUUUCAGAUAUUGCAGAUAAUAAUGCUUUGGAAGUAGAUCCACCUUCUCCAACUAAUGAAGCAUCCACUGGACCUCAAGCUGAGGAUGGGAUCACUGGAGAUCUUGAGGCAGUGGAUGGAGCUAUACAAGAGGUGGACAUCAUGUCUGAAGAAACUGUAAUUGGUGCAGGGGAGGAAGAAAGUGGCCCCUCAGAGGAAACAAACUUCUCUACGAUCCACCGAGACAGAGAGGCGUCGUUCCAUCAGCCUUGCAACAUUCAACACUCAGGAUCCUCACAGUGUUCAACGUUUUCCAGUUUGCCCAGUAGAUCCAGCAGUGUCCCCAGUUGUCCCUCCACAGCUCACAGAGACUCUGGCAGCGACAUAGAAAGCUUCCUGAACGCAGAGCCGGGAUAUGACAGCGUCUUCAGAAAGAACGAUGAGCGAGUGACAGGAGGAGACAGCGCCAGCGAGGUUUCCGUCUCCUGUUCCUCCACAGACGACACCGCCAGCGUCGGUCCAACCAGCUCCAGUCCCGAGGGCAGCCAGGGCCUGGAAUGCAGGUGGAGCCCAGAAGAGGGCAUCCAGACUGGGGCUACUGUCACUGCAGGACCGGACAGUGGUGGUGGUGGCGGCGGUGGAGGAGGAGGAGGAGCGGGAGAAGCUGAAGAAGAAGCCAAAGACAGAGUGACGGAGGUGCUGCGGCGCUCCUGCCUCCGGAACAGCAUCCGCUCCCUGUCGCCUCUUCGCCGCCACAGCUGGGGUCCUGGAAAGAACAACGGAGGAGACGCAGAGAUGAACCAGAGGAGCUCCAUCCGUAGCCCUGGUGAGGGGAAGCCGACCUUUCACAGGAGAAGCUACAGUCUGGAGGGGCUCAGUGGGACCCAGGAAGAGCUGAGGGGCCCCACUACUCAAGGGCCCCGAAUCCUGGAGCCCUCAAGAAUACCACAGCAUGACAGCGAUGACAGGGGCUCGCUGGUUUCUCUGACGGAGGAGCAGGAGGUGCUGGGGGAGCGUGGCAGACUACAUGACCCGAAAUCAAGGCGGUAUCGGCCUCUGAGAAACAGCUGUCCUCCCAUGUCCCUGCCCCUCACCAAGUCUGUAUCCAUGCUCGCCAUCAGCCAGAGAGACAUUGAUGGUAUGAGGUCGUUUUCCAGUGCUUCUGGGUCACUAGCAUACAGCAUAUCGGAGGAGGAGCCUGGCCCUCUGCGGAGCGACACUGAGGGGAAGAGUGUGACCAAAGUCAGCCGGACCUUCAGCUACCUCAAGAACAAGAUGUACAAAAAGACCAGGGAAAAGGAGCGAGAGAAAAAGGAGAAAGACAAGGAUGGGAAGGAGAAGGACAAAAAGGCCAUUAAUGGUCAUCUGUUCACACCAGUCAGCUCAGGCCAGCCACUCCAGUGCUUCCAGUGCAAUAAAGCUUUCAACAACAAGGAAGCCUUCCACUGCACACACUGUAACGCUUCCGUCCACAAGAGCUGCAGGGACAGCCUGCCAGUUUGUGCCAAGGUGAAGAUGAAGUUGCCCAAACAGCAGUUUGCAGUACCAGAUUCGAGCUCCUUUCCUACAGUCACGAUGAGGAACAAAUCUGGUGGGACGAGGGAGCGCCCCUGGUCCGCCAUCUUGUCCCCCGAAGAUCAUUCUUCCUUGAUGAUCCCGUCACGGAGACCCACCAGCAUCAUGGCUUUCCAUGGCAACAACCUCUCCAAGAGCCUCUCCAUAAGCAAUAUCGCAGGUCCGGUGUUUGAUGAGAUGCCCAUUAAAGGCCUGCGGUAUCUCUCCCAGUCUACUGACUCCCUCAACAGAACCAACCAGGUCACAGAGUCCAUGGAGUCACUCACUGACGAAGGGACGGAGAUGAUGGACGGCCAGCUGAUGGGGGAGUUUGAGGCCGAGGCCAAGGAGAUGGAAGCUGACUCGUGGAGUUUAUGUGCAGAGCAGCAGUACCUGCAGCAGCUGGACAAAGAUCUGGUGAAGAGACAAGACGUCAUUUACGAGCUGAUGCAGACGGAGAUGCAUCACGUCCGGACGUUGCGCAUCAUGUCAGAAGUGUACAGCAAAGGCCUGCAGAAGGAGGCACAGCUGGAGCAGCAGACAGUGGAGAAACUGCUGCCGGCUUUAGAUGAACUCCUGGAGCUCCACACGCAGCACCUCCUCCGCCUCCUGGAGAGGAAGAAGGAGAGCCAGCUGGAGGGGGGGAGCUCGGAGGGAGGCUUCACUAUCAACAGGAUAGGAGACAUCCUGGUCAGCCAGUUCUCAGGAUGCAACGGUGAAAGCAUGAAGAGGGUUUAUGGGAGAUUCUGCAGCCGUCACAACGAAUCAGUGAACUUCUACAAGGACCUCCUGACCAAAGACAAACGCUUCAAGGCCUUUAUCAAAAAAAAGAUGAGUAGCAGCAUUGUGCGGAGGCUUGGUAUCCCAGAAUGCAUCUUGCUGGUGACCCAGAGGAUAACAAAGUACCCAGUGCUAAUUCAAAGAAUUCUGCAGCACACUAAAGAAAGCGACGAAGACCACGACGACCUGACGGACGCCGUUCGGCUUGUGAAGGAGGUGAUCGCGGCGGUUGAUAACAAGGUGAACGAGCACGAGAAACGGCGCCGUCUGAAGGACUUUCACGGCCGCAUGGACAGCAAGUCCAUCAUGAUGAGGAAAAGCGGUCAGAUUUUUGCCAGGGAGGAUCUGCUGAGGAGGAGGCUGAUCCACGAUGGAGUGCUGCAGCUGAAGAACUACCAGGGAAGACUAAAAGAUGUCCAUGCUCUGCUACUAUCAGAUGUCUUAAUCUUCCUCCAAGAGAAAGACCAGAAAUAUGUCUUCGCCAUGCUGGACCAGCGCUCCACGGUCAUCUCCCUCCAGAAGCUGAUCGUGAGGGAGGUCGCUAACGAAGAGCGCGGCCUCUUCCUCAUCACGGCGGGCAUCGAGAAGCCGGAGAUGAUGGAGGUCCUGGCCAGCUCGAAGGAGGAGCGCAACACGUGGAUGCAGCUCAUCCAGGAAGCCAUGCAGUCCAUGGAAAAGGACGAAGAUGAAGGGAUUCCCAGUGAGACGGAAGAUGACAAGAGACAACUGGAGACCAAAGCCAAAGAGAUGAGAGAUCUGCUGAGACAGAAGGACACAGAGAUCAUGUCUCUGCUGGAGGAGAAGGUGCAGCUCUUCAGGGGGAUGUGGGAGGGCGUGAACCCAGGCGAGGAGGUCAGCCGGCAGGUCCAGCCUUUCUUCAGAUCAGUCAGCAGCCUGGAGCCGCCCAGGGGGGCGUCUAUCAUGAAGGAUGCCCUGCAGGAAGUGGAGACGUUACAGGGGCUGGUAAACGGCAGCCUGGGCGGGGCGAUGGCCAGCGUCCAGGAGGGAGGAGGAGGAGGCGCGGGGCCGGUGUGUUUGCCUCGUCGGGCCGAGACCUUCGGAGGCUUCGACAGUCACCAGAUGCACAGCAGUAAGAGUGGAGACGCUGACGAGAGCGAGGAUGUGACGGGAGAUCUACGCAGGACGGAGUCCGACAGUGUUUUAAAGAAGGGAGGAAACGCCAACCUGCUGCUGCUGCUGAAGAGGAAUAGUGAGCAGGUCCUCCACAGUGUCUCCAAUCUGCAUUUGCUUCUUAGCACUCUGCAGGCGGUUGUGGUCCAGCAGGACAGUUUCAUAGAGGACCAGCGGCAGGCCCUGAGCGAGCGAUCCUCUUCAUGCACGUCUUUGUCACGACCGUCCUCUCGGCCCAGCUCGCUGAUCGAACAGGAGAAGCAGCGCAGCCUGGAGAAGCAGCGGCAGGAGCUAGCCUCCCUGCAGAGACAGCAGGCAGCUCACGCUGAGGAGAAGAGGAGAAGGGAGAAGGAGUGGGAGCUGAGGGAACAUCAGCUGAAUGAGAGGGAGGGGCUGCUUCGCGUACAGCAGGAGGAGGAGGCCCUGAAGCAUCAAAAGGACCUGGAGGAUGAGAAACAGGGGCUGCAGAGUAGGAAGGAGGAGUACCAGAAAGACCUGGAGAGGCUGAGAGACGCCCAGAGGAAGCUGGAGAGGGACAGAGACGCUGUGCAGCGGCAGCUCGACAAGAUGGAGGAGCUCCACCUGUCUGAGAGGACUCCGUCUACGACGUCGGACGAGUCCCAGUUCCCCGGCAGCUCCCAGUCUCUGGAGCUGGACCCGGUGGAGCUCUCCUCCUCCUCCCUGCUGAGGCUGCAGCCCCAGCGGUCUAAGCCCAAAGGGAAAGGCCUCAAUCCCUUUACCUCAUCCUCCAGCAACCUCAAAGGCAGCGAAGCCAACAACCAGAUCUCAAAGAGCCUGCUGCAGCUGGCAAAGAACAAGAACAAAGAGGGGAAGGAGAAGGAGAAGAAGAAGAAGAAGGGCAAAGGCGGGAGCGCACAGACAGCAGACCCCCAGCACCUCCCAGAGCCUCCUCUGGAUGGAGAGAUCUUUUUCUGCUGAGGGAAGUGGCUCUCCUCCUCCUCCUCCUCAUCUUCAUCACCAUCACCAACCCAUCACAGCCAUUCAAGAAGAAUGUGUUACUGCCAACUAGUGAAAAAUGAAUCAGCGUCAUACUACCGGGAUAUUUGGCACCUUUUAAAUCACCUUGAAGAUACUUUUUUUCUACAUCAUAACAUAGAACAAUUCAACAUUAAAUGCAAGAAAAAGACAAAAAAUAUAUAUUUUCUUAUAGUUUCUGGAAAGUAAAAUAAUUUAGGGGUUCUGGUGUGCGAGUAGGCAUACAUGUUUGCAGUACAUAAAAAUAGACGACAUAAAAUAGCAGUACAUAUUUUGGUUUUCUGUCUCCCCCAGUGGAUUAAUUUCUUCAUUUUGAAGAAUUAUAAAUGUGUGAGUAUCAAACUGAAAACAUUUCACAGCAGGCUGCCUCACAGGCUCUGCCAAGUAUGUCACAGGCUCCGCUGCCUUUCUGUUUGCGUGUUUGUUAUGGCCCCAACUUUUCGACAGUCCAUCCUGGUAUAAAGUUCCCCACCAACAGGCUGUUAUUUACGGAAGCUUUUUCCAUGUGACUGAACCCACACAUACAAGGACACAAACAUAUCCAAAAACUUGGAAACAAAUAUGAAUGCCAACAAGCUCCAUGUGGCAUUGGAAACUCAUCGCCACUAAUCCUCUUUACUGACAGUUAAUGGGAGGCUGAAACCACAGAAGGAAAUCUGCCGAAACAAAGUGUCCUGGCAACGUGUCUCAAUCAAAGAAGUCCAGUGUUUGAUUAAGAAUGCUACUGUAUUGAUCCACAUUGACAGAAAACUGCAGCUUCACAUUUCUUUACUAUGCCGAUUUGGUUACAUCCACUAAUUUUGCCUCCAGUUAGUAAGCAAGAUGUAAUUCAAAUACCUUCAGUAAUCCUUUAUGACGACUAAAUGCCAUCGAUCUUGUUCCUUGGCUUUUAAUUUAAUUCAAAAAUGGAUAUCUCCAUUAUGAAGUGAAACUCUUAGAUGUGUGCGCCUCUUUAUUCAGACUCAACCGUAAUGAAAAGACUGCGACAUAUCUCCCAGCGUCUAAUAGCUCAAUUCAUAUCCUUUAGUAUGUUUUAGAGCCUUGGAUGGAUAUUAGCUUGAUUCGUGCUUUAUCUACCUGUCAGUGGGCUUUUAUGCAGUUCUCAUCUUCCAUCUGAAUGCUGACGAGUGGGGCUUUCCUUCAUUUUUUAUUAAUUGCAUGUAACUCUGCAGGUAGCAUACUAAUGGCCUCUGUUAAACAGUUCAACUUUUGCAGCUGGUGAGAAAAAACGAGAGAGGACAUUAACUAAAAACACCAAAUGAUGCUCUGUGUCCCUGUUUGGGCGUUUAAUGACUAAAACCUGCUCAGCGGGUACUGCCUGAUCAUUUCAAAUUAAUCAACACUCAUCGGUGUUGUGAAGCACUUUGGUCCUAAUAUGUUGAUGCAUUUUUGUUAUCAGUGUGAGAUAUCAAUCAAGACGACCUUUCUAUUUUGUGGGUUUUUUUAAUCGAGGGCACUGAUGCUCAUGAAAAGCAACAAUGAUCCAAAGCAUGUUGAAGUGCAUAAAAGAUGCCGCGGCUCCUUUUUGUAAGUGGAUAUUAAAAUAGGGGCCGGUAGAUUUUAUGUAAUGUUUCCAAGGUGACCUGUCUUAAUUUUUAAGCCUGUGUUUUAUCCCCACUGAGCCCACAUUGUGGGCAACACACUACCUGCUGGACAGGUAGAAGUAAAAAGUAGAAAAAAAAAAAGACCCUUUUCCAGUGAAUUACAGAGCAGCGCCACUGAACUGCUUUCUUGCUGCCUCUAUUGUCUUGUGUUUAAGUGCUUGUUUGUUAACUUGCCGUCUAUGUUGAGGAUUUGACUUCAUGUCCAGGCUGGUUUACUUUAGUGUGUCUUCUAAGAGGCUUACGGGGCCAGCCAAUUAGUUGCUUCAUGUCUUUUGUUUAUGGCUUUGGUGUAAUCCUGUCAAAGAAACAGAGAGGAAUGGGUUUCUUUAUUUUUCUUUGUUGCUUUAGGUGUGUUUUGACCACUAGGGAGCACUGCACCUAUGACUAAAUUAGUUCCCUCCCUCACACAACAACAACCCAGAAAGUAUGAAACUAUUUAAAUUUUUUUUAAAACAUAUUCUCCCUGCUGAGAGAAAUUGACAUAUUUUUCUCAGCAGGUCGUUGCCGUACAGAGAUAAUGUGAUGAGUGUGGGCUCUCACGCUCUGUGACAUUUUCCCCACGGCAUUUGUAAUUGACUGGAGAAAUAAAUAAGUUGUCAGAGAUUGUAAUUGGUUAUUCGGUGAAACCAGUCAGCAGCAGCUUUAAUGUGGGGAAAAAAAGAAGGUGUAAGAGUUGGAGGGAGCGACCGGGCAGAACCACAAACCUCUCUCUGUAAAGGACAAUCAGCAGACACGAGUCAGGAAAAUGAACUCCCUCCCCAAUGAUGAUAGGGCUGUCCAUGAGACGAGUGUGUCCAUCAGGUGAACCCUGCGUAGCCUUAAAUCUUAACGAUAAAAUGCACUAGAGUAGAACCCAGCAUCUUCUCAAGAGAGAGGGGAGAGCUUUUAUACCUCUGCUUUGAAUCGAAGGAAAUGUUUGUACUAUAAAUGUGGUACAGACUUGUUUCAUUCCAACAAUGUAAAAAAAAAAAAAAGGGCAAAGACAAAUAUGUAAAUAUGAUUUAUGUAUAAAACAAAUCAAAUGUAAAAAAUGUUUCGUUUGUGAUCUAUUGCAACAUUUUCUAAGAAUGUUUUAUUUAUGUUUUAUUCUCACCCUUGGGGUGAUGUAAAGUCAUAUUUCUCUCAUAAUAAAAAAAAAUCAUUAUGGAC